GGCGACGGGAGGGAAGAGCGUCCGCCGGAGGUUGGCAUGGACGGGCUUGCGGGAGGCGGAGCGGGUGAGAUUUAAAGGGCCAGCGCCUCCCCCCCCCCCGCGCUCUCUGUUUCUCUGCCUCCCCGGGGAGGCUCUGUGGAUUCAGGCAAAUUUGACGGCUGGCGCUGCAGGUUGGCUAGGGAGUAGCCCCAUGGAUUUAACAGAGGCGGCGUUGUGUCGGGAUAGCUGGGCGGUGGGCAUGUGCAGAAUCAUAGAACUGUGGCGUCGGAAGGGACCCCGAGGGUCAUCUAGUCCAACCCCCUGCAAUGCAGGAAUCUUUUGGCCACUCAUGCUCUAACGACUGAGUUAUCCAAAGGGAAGCAGGUUAGACUUUGGAGAGCUUACCUCUGCUUAUUUGGGCUUGAAUAGAGACCGUGGGUUCCUUUCCUGCUGCGGAUCCUCAUUAAAACACCCUUGUUAUUUAUCCCAUCACUGCUCAGGGCUGCUGCAAAAGGGCCGCUUCGCUUAUUUCGCAGACACUCCUGCUCCAACUGAAUUGUCGUCCCUUCUCUUGCAUUUCAUUUCCCCUUGAGUCCGCGGCUUAACAUACCCACCCUAAAAACUACGUGUCUGUAUCCCUGCAACAAAGGAUUGUACUUUAUGCAUCUGAUGAUGGAAGUGACUCUGAGUCCACAAAUAAAGAUGUAUUGCCUUAGACCAGGAGCAGGCAGGCUGCAGACUUGGCAUAACUAUGUUUUGUUUUGAACUAGAACAUCAGGAUCUGCCAGCCAGAAGAAGGUGAGGAAUGAUGGCAUAGAGGACUCAUGCACACUUUGAACCAAGUGCCAGGGUGCCCCUGGGCACAUUUCAGUCCUGGAAUUUGUUUUCUGACCCAGAACUGGAUCACACAGUCCUUUCAAAUGCAAAUAGUACCUGAUUCCCCAUCCCCAAGUUUUCUUAAUUUCAGCGAUUUAUUUCGGAGAAGGGAUGGGAGGAGAUGUUUUGCUGCUGCUGUCAUUAAACUCUUGGGAAUCAGAAAUGCCUGUCGAUCAUCCUGAGAUCUACCAGCAAAUCUUGACCUACCUUCUCCUCAUCCCUGCCUCUUGCCCUGCCAGGGCCAGAGGGCAGCCAGGGCCCCCCAAACCAGCAGAAGGACCGUUGUUGCCCUAACAAUGCUAUCAUUUUGACUUGGCACAAAGUAUCUAAGACGAUUAGAUGUAGCCUGCAGUUGCAUCCAGAUGACCUAUUUACUGAGCGUUCAUCCUGAUUUGUUUGCAGAGUUUAUGGAGAGGCUAGGCGACAAUGGCUGUUCAUUGAGCAUCGAUUCUGAUCUGUAUGUGAGGACGUUAUGCGACGUGUCAGACAAUUGUUCUCCCGUACCUUCUGAUGAAUUUCCUCUUCAUUUUUCACAAAAAGUCUGCUCUUUUGGGGGAAGCGGGUUUGUUGUUCAAGACCUCCAAAUCUACUUCGAUUGGACAACCUGAAUUGGUCACUGUGGGAUGGAACCCCACCUUGCAUAUAGCAACAGUUCUGAAGUGCCCUAAGAGAACUCCCAGUUUGCAUGUCCCACCUCUUCCAGGUUACAGGGGGCCAAACUGAAAUCCUGGAGCCAGCACUGGCCUUGGAGAUACAUGAAGCCAUGUGGGAGUGGGGGAGACCAGGGCUUUGGGCUAUAGGGCUUAUCCUAGCUGCACAGCAGCUGGGAGAACAACAUUGUGAUCCAGUUAUUAAGAGCACAGUCAUCUUACUAAGAGCAGAGUGGCGCAAUGUGUUUGCUUUCACAGUUUGCAUGAACAAAGCCCCUACACACACACACACACACACACACACACACACCAGUAGUGUACCAUGGGUGUAGGCAGAGAGGGUCAGCUGCCUCCAAUCAAUAAAAAUCAGUAAAACACAUGGCUAACUGAAGUUCUGCCCCCCACAAAGGCCUGUCCCCCAACAAAAAUCUUGGCUAUGCAGUGGUGAUGCCUUAGUGCACAUUGAUGCGCUUUGAUAAUGCACAUUAACAGCAAGAAUGGCUUGGCUGAAUCUCUCCCUCCAGCUUUUCAUUUUUCAGUUCUAUUAGGCCACAAAGGUAACAUUUUGGAUGGGUGCUAGGAAACUCAUUUCUAAGCUCCUUCCCGAAACAUGGUUGGCAAUCAACAAAUGGCCCUGCGAACCCAAGAGUCCUGGAUGCCACCCUGAGAAUCUUGAUAAUCUACUUCAGUGCUCCUUUCAAACCACCAGCCGUUACAAACAAGCAGUGAAAAAUGGAUGUACGCAAAUAUGCUUUUUACAUGUUACAAGAAGAGGCCUCGAGUGCCUCUUUGCAUCUUUUGAUGACCUAUUAGCUUCUGACAAAUCAGUUCUAUAUUGGGUACCACUCCCCUCCCAGAGCAGCCUGAAAUCCUGAUGUAUUGCAGAUGCCUCUUCUUUCCCGAAAGGUCAUCAAGAUCUCUAAUGGGGCCAUUAGGCUGAAGGGCCCCAUGUGCACUUAAAGCAGGCCAGAUGCAGAUGAAAGUCCUUGUCCUAAAGCCCACCAGGGUACCAAUUAGAUUCAGAGGGCGAACUGUGGACGGAAAAUUACAGGAUGCUGUGAAAAAGAGGACUUGGGCAGGUGUGUCAUUUAAUGCAUUAAAUUGUGCUGGAAAGAAAUCUUAAGUAGUAGCUGGGGUGGCAUUUGCCUCCCAUAUUCCCCUGCAUCAGUUUUUAGAUAGGAAACUGCAACAGGACACAGGAGUGCUUAUUUUUGUUCAAAUAAUAUGUAAAGCAGCCUUCCCAAUCCCCAGCCAGGUGGUGCCCUCUGUAUGGCUUUGAGCUGAUGGGAUUUGUAGUCCGGAGGACACCUGCAGCUUGGGGAAGCCAGCUUGAAGCAUCACAAAUGCCGAUGACACUGUUGUUGUUGUUAAGCAUAUACGAUGCUUCAAGCAGGCUUCCCCAACAUGCCAGUGUCCUCCAAAGGCUUUAGACUACAAAUCCCAUCAAACCCAACCAUACAGAGGACACCACCUGGUCAGGGAAGGCUACUUUACAGUAUUAUAACAAAUACUGGCUAGGAGCAGGAUCCCUGAGGUCCCUGGAGAUGGAGCAAGGCUCAUUUGGGAACAGGGUUGCCCAUUUUUAUAAUAGGCCCUGUUCCAGGCCUUUAAAAGCAGUCUGAAUGUUCAAAGAUCUGUCCACCCUCUCCCCUAGCAUGAAGCUAAUGUAGUGGAGAAUUAAAACUUUAUUUGUAUGUGUCCGACUGCUGCAGAAGGCAGGGUGGAUAGGCCUAUUGGGGGAGAAGAAGUUGGACGCCCUCGCUGGGAGUUUCAGCUGCUGAUUUCUUUAGGGCUUCUGGAGUGAAAUUUGGCCAAGAGAGCUGGAGAGUUUGGGUCUGCUGCAGUAGAAUCUGUCUUGAAGGGACUGUUCCCAUAUGAGCCUGCCUGAGCCCGUUAUUCAGAAAUGAGAUGGGUGUGGAGGUGACAAGGGAUAGUUUGGGAUCUUUUAAGAACAUAAACAGAGCCUGCUGGGACAUGCCAUGUCUGUGGGAAGGCUGCAAGCAGGAGUGGUAUUCAGGGUCACACUGCCUCUGAGGGCUUGUCCACAUUUUGGUUUGCCCUGUGGUGUUUUCUUCCACUUGUUCUAGACACGGGUCUGAGAGGCUUUUCAUUUGUCCCACUGCUUUCCCCCAGAGAAGCCGCUGUGAACUGCUGAAUCGAAACAAAUGCCAGUCUGCAAGAAACCUGACUGACGUUUGUUCCAAUUCUGUGGUAAACUGCGGGUUUCCCCUGGGAAUGGGGCAGGGCAAACAAAGAACCUCUCAGACUUGUGCCUAGAAAGCCCAUGGCAAGCGGCAGUGUGGAUGAGCCCUGACAGUGGCUGUAGAAUAUUUUCUGUCAUAGGAGCCAACUCCUAGGGGCUUCAGCCCCCACAAUAAAAUAUUUGAGGCCCACAAAGUUGAUGGGCAUUCCCGUUCAAAUGGUGUGUGUGCACUGUAUCAUGUGAUCAAUUAUGUGGGGUCGGCCUUACCUGGGCCCCCACAAUAUUAUACAGUCAUACCUCUGGUUACAGACGCUUUAGGUUGCGUUUUUUGGGGUUACGGACCCGCCGAAACCCAGAAGUACCAGAACGAGUUACUUCCGGGAUUUGGCGGUCGCACAUGCGCAGAAGUGCUAAAUCGUGCUUUGUUCAUGUGCAGAAGUGCCAAAUCGCAACCUGCGUGUGCGUAGACGUGGAGCUGCAGGUUGCGAACAUGCCUCCUGCACAGAUCAUGUUCGCAACCUGCGCAUCCACUGUAUUCAAGUUUGCACCCCUGUUGUCUGUGGUAGCGCCUCAUCUCUUGAAUUGCCUCACCAGAACAAUUCACCCUGUGCCAGUGCUAAUAACAUUUGGGCCUAAGCUCCAAACUUUGCUUCCCUCCACCCCAGGAUUUAAUGUUAGAUUGACUGAAGCUUGCCCAGCAAUCUCUGUUUUAUUGUGAUAUUUUAGAGCAAUUGAUUUUAAUGCCUCGUUUUGGAAGCCGACCUUACAACACAAUGUGGGGUGAACGUGUUUUAAAUAAAAUCCAGUAAUAAUGAACACACACCAACCCUCCAGAGUUGGCCUCCUUGGAGCUAGAUCUCUGGAUUUCUCUCAAAGAUGGGACUGUUUAGAAAAGCACUGCAGCGGGAAUAGUGUACACAGGUGAAGUGGCUGUAAUAUCUAUGAGUUCUCUGAGAGGGCAGCAAGAUUAGAGAAGAGGCAGCAGGGCACAGAGUUCUCUGGCCUCAAAAACAGGAAGGCCUCUUGGCAGGUGUCUACUUCUUGCAUGGUUGACCACCCUCCUCCAAUUCACUUUGAGGAGUCAAUUAGCUCUAAUUACCCCCCACCCCAAUGUUCCAUCAAUUUUCUGACAAAGGAUGUGAAUAAAUUGCGCAUUAAAAGAGAUUAGUACAUCUCUCUCUCUCUGUUCCCCAUUCAGCUGGGUUUCUGGGGGCCAUUACGGUCAAUUACACAUACGUUCCCGCCAACCCGUGUCUUUUGUCUAUGGAGUAAUGACGCAACCCAACCUGUGCCUUCCCCCUCUAUAAAUCCUGGGUCCCCUACUUUGUGGGGAAUCAGACAUCCAGCGGCUCCUGACAGGUUUCAAGGUAUGAAUUCCUUAAAAUCUAUGAUGGAGGUUUGGGAUUUAGGGUGUUAGUUUGGGGGUGUGGGGUAGGACACCAGCUGACAGACUGUUAAGAGAGUUUAAAUGGAGCAAGCUUGUUUUCUGCUGCUUCAAGAGGGUGCGACUCAGACAGAUGGAUUCAAAUAUAAGAAAGGAGAUUCCGACUGAACCUUCCUGACAGUAAGAGCGUUUCGACAGUGGGACAGUCUCCCUCAGAAGGUGCUGGACUCUCCUGCAUUGCAGGACUAGAUGACCCAAUUCUCCAGUUCCAUGAAAUAGGGCACAGCAGGGGUGUCACUGUUUUUUGCUCCAACGGGGUAGGCAGAAAUUCAACAGGUUUUUUUUGUUUAUGCACUAAUUUUGUUUUUUGUAUCCUUAAAUUUUUUUGGGGGGAAAUUUUUGUUGUUAUUUUCUGAAAAUUCAAUAAAUAUUAACUAUUAAAAAAAAAAAAAAAGAAAUUCAACAGGUUCAGUUUUUUGUGGCCUAAAGCAGUGACAGAAAUGUCUCCACCUGUUGAAUUUAUGGUUGUUAUGCAGGUGUUAAGGGGAACAGGAGCCCUGUCAGGGAAGAUAUGGCACGCAUGUACCACAUUUCAUGUGCCUGCAUCUUAAAAGCAUUGUGAAGUCGUCACUGUUUGAGAGGGUUGUGGGUUAUUAGGGGCUCGAGGUCACGAUGCGGCUGGGCUUUGAGCUGAAGAGAAGAGGCCUGCAGCUCAGUUAUCUUUUGGGCAGGUACCAUCCAGCGCAGUGCCAGAGCGCAUGCAGACCAUGGGGUGCUGCCUUAUUCUGAGACCAGCCUCUUUGGGCCUCUGGCUUAGUGCAAAUACUCUGACUUGCAUCUGACCCUUCAAAUGGCCGUGCUUGUGGAGGGAUUGAAUCUGGGAACAUUGCAUACAAAGCAUCUCCUCUGGCAAUGGCUAUUGGCAGUCUUGCUUUGUGGAUUUGCUGAGAGCAUCAUUCAGUGGGUGGGGUUGGAAAGAAGAUGAGGAGUGUGUGUGUUUGUGUAAGCAGACAGCGCACUUUUUCAAAGGCUUGAAAUUACACUCAUGAUGCACCCUUGGUGCGCACUUGUAUCCCGCCACAGACCAUAGCCACUGUGUGACUAGUGACUAUGGUCUGUGGUCAAACAGGUUUUGAAGACUUCUUAGUGCUUAACCCCCCCCCCCCCCCUGCAAAACUGGCAACAGGCAGACAAAAAUUGUAUACACACCACCCAGGGAACCAAUGUUAAAUAUUUAUCGUGCCUCUUGGGGAGCUCUCAAGAAAUAAUGUCUAUCAUAAUCCUGGUAUUCUGGGUGGCUCUGUGGUCUAAACCACUGAGCCUCUUGGGCUUGCCGAUCAGGUAGGCAGUUCGAAUCUCCGCAAUGGGGUGAGCUCCUGUUGCUCUGUCCCAGCUCCUGCCAACCUAGCAGUUUGAAAGCACAUCAAAGUGCAAGUAGAUAAAUAGGUACUGCUGCUGCAGGAAGGUAAAUGGCAUUUCCAUGCACUUUGGUUUCUGUCACGGUGUCCCAUUGCGCCAGAAGCGGUUUAGUCAUGUUGGCCACAUGACCUGGAAAGCUGUCUGUGGACAAACGCCAGCUCCCUCUGCCUGAAAGCGAGAUGAGCACCACAACCCCAUAGUCUCCUUUGGCUGGACUUAACUGUCCAGGCAUCCUUUACUUAUUCUGGAUUGGGAAUGUGAUUUAGUGGGGGAAACAGAGUCAGGCUGGAAACCAGAAUGCUUCCUUGAUUUCUUUCUUCCCCACAGAUGAUGUGGAGCUCUCAAUCUGUGCUCUGUGCUUCUCUGCUCCUCUGUGGGCUACUCGGUGAAUGCUGUGGAAGCGUUCUGGUGGUGAGUUACACUGUCCCCCCACCCCACCCCAUCAACCCUACUUGAUAGAGAGCUGUCACUGGCCUCCCUCCGUCCCUCCUGAUCGCCUGCAUGGGCUGGGCUGGUCCUCACAUGCAGCAGAAAUGAAGAGGCAGGAUGGAACUGCAUCGGUUCAGACUGUUGCAGGUGGCACAGUUUGUUUUUAAUGUAUAUAGGCUUAAUUUCAAAACCAGCUUUUAAGCAGCUUACUAAGCAGGUUCUGCAUACAUAUGCAUUUAAAACACCACUCAAAAAAGCUUGGGAACUGUAGUUUGUGAAUGGUGUUGUGAACUGUAGUGCUGCAAGGGGUAAACCACAGUUCCCGGGAUUCUGGGUGGGGUCGGAGGAAAAUGUAUGGUCCAUAUAAAGCCCCCGUUUUGAUCACUCCAACACUUUAAAAACAAACAAACGAAAAAUCCUUGCAGAUAGAAAGCAAGUACAUCAGGGAUAAAGACUCUUCCCCAACUAUUUCCCAGCUAUUCUGUGUGUGAGAGAGAGAAAAUGAGAGAGAGAGUAUGUGUAGAAACCUCUGACUUUUGUGUGGCUGAAGUUUAGGUCACAUCUGCACAUGGGCGUAGCCAAGGGGGGGAGGGAGGGACAGUUGCCCCCCUGAAUCAAUAAAAAUCAAUAAAGGUACAUAGCACACUGAGGUUCUGCCCCCCCCCACAAAAAUCCUGGCUAUGCCCAUGCAUCUGCACCAUAUAUUUAAAGCACUAUUAAAUUAUGUGAAUGGUCUUCGCUUCCCCUAAAAAAUCUUGGGAGCUGUAGUGCUCAGAGUUGCUAGGGAACCCUUUCCCCCCCACUCACAGAGCUACAGUUCCCAGAGUUCUUCAGGAAGAGGGAUUGACUGUGAAACCACUCUGGCAACUGCAGUUCUGUGAGGGGAAGAGGGAUCUCAUUACACUUUCAGCACCCUGAAUAAAUGACCAGUCCCAAGAUUCUUUAGCAGAGGCCAUGGCCCAUUAAAAUGGCAUAAUCAUGCUUUAAAAGUAAGGUGCAAAUGUGAGCCUAUCGUGCAAGGGUGACAGUUACAUCCUUUGCUCUGCCCAGUUUGACCUCUGACCCCACCCACCUUUGUCCCUGGCCCUGCCCACCUCUAGCCCCACCCACUUUUGUCUCUGGUCUAAGCCACUACAGUGGUACCUCGGUUUACGAACUUAAUCCAUUCUGGAAGUCCAUUCUUAAACUGCAACCGUUCUUAAACCGAGGUGUGCUUUCCCUAAUGGGGCUUUCCACCGUUUGGCUUCCGUUCUUAGACGAGGUAAAGUUCGCAAACCUGGACACUACUUCCACUUUUGCGGAGUUCGUAAACCAAAUAGUUCGUAAACAGGGCUGUUCUUAAACCGAGGUACCACUGUAAUGGCAUGUAUCCCUCCAUCCACAGAAGGUUUCUCUGAUGGACAUAAUGCCCAUCUCCAUAGCAAAUUUCACCCUCUGACUCACUGCUGGCAAGCUUAGUUUCAGGGUACUUUCCCUCUUGUUGCAUGUGCAGCCCAAGGACAAACGCGGCUGGACCCUGAACAGCGCUGGAUACCUCUUGGGACAUCGUAAGUCAAGUCAGGAUUUACUUGGCAUGAGAAAGAUACGGCCACAGUCCCUCCAAGUGUCCCUAUCUUCUAGGGACGACCCUGAUUUAGAGAAGCCGUCCCAGUUUCUGAUUUGAUCCUGGAAUGUCCCGCUUUUCCUUAGGAUGUCCCUAUUUUCAUUGGAGAAAUGUUGGAGGGUCUGGAGUUAUCUGACCCUCCCCAAGCCAUCUUAAGGCAAUCCUGUAUAGGGGAAAUUUUUAAAAUGUUUACUGAUGUUUUUAUAUAAGUCGGAAGCUGCCCAGAGUGGCUGGGGCAAGCCAGUAAGAUAUGUGGGGUAUGAAAUUAUCAUUAUGGAAUGGGACGUCCCUAUUUUCAUCAGAGAAAUGUUGGAGGGUAUGUGGCCAAAGGGCAAGGAGAAGAAUGAAAUGAUAUUGGAAGCUGAAGUUACCCUCCCCUGGGGGUUAAAUCCCAUUGAACUCCAUGGUACUUACUUCUGAGUAGAAGUGCCUAAGAUUGCGCUAUAAGGUAUCUGCCACUGUGUGUGGAAGCAGGUCCGGGAGUUGUCAUUGUUGUGUGUGUGUGUGUGUGUGUGUGUGUAGUAAUUUUAUGUUGUGAACUGCCCUGAGAUCCUCUGGUAUAGGGCAGUAUACAAAUUUAAUAAAUAAAUGGUUAAUAAUAAUUAAGAACAAAAUAAGAGGCCUGCUGGAUCAGGCCAGUGGCCCAUCUAGUCCAGCAUCCUUCACAGUGGCCAACCAGGGAAGUCCGUAAGCAGGACCCAAGUGCGAGAGCAGCUCCCUCCAAUUAUGAUUCCCAGCAUCUGAUGCUCAGAGGAUGCAGGCCACCUCUGACCGUGGAAGCCAAGCAGAAGGCCUGCGAUAGCCACCAUUGCUUGCGGAAUACGCACCCAUGCCUCUGUCCUCUCUGCUCAAAUAAACCUUUGCUGGUUUAUUCCCCCGGCGCUUCAGAAAACCUGCAAAUCCUGUUGGAUUAGAGAUGGCAUAACGAUGCCUUUAGCAUAACCACUUCAGCUCUCAAGGGAAACAUUUCUGCUGUUAGGGAUGCCACCUUCCAGGCCUGGCAUGAGCAUGCAGCACCCAUGGGCAGCUGCUGGAAUGCCAGUGCAGAUGCCUCUCCUGGGAAGGGCUGUAGCUCAGAGGGAGAGCAUCUGCUUGGGAUGCAGAACGUCCCGGGUUCGAUCCCCAGCGUCUCCAAGUAAGGCAGGGAGAGACUGAAACUCUGGAGAGCUGUUGUCAGCCGCUUCAGGUGGCACUGAGGCAGAUGGGCCAAUGGUCUGGUUUUGUAGGGGUGAGGGGAGGAAUAAGUUGGUUUUUUAAUGCAAAGCUGCUUAUUUCGCACUUUCUGAAAUACUGUAUUUUUUGCUCUAUAAGACUACUUUUCCCCUCCUAAAAAGUAAGGGGAAAUGUGUGUGCGUCUUAUGGAGCAGAUGCAGGCUGCGCAGCUAUUCCAGAAGCCAGAACAGCAAGAGGGAUUGCUGCUUUCGCUGCACAGCGAUCGUUCUUGCUGUUCUGGCUUCUGAGAUUCAGAAUAUUUUUUUUCUUGUUUUCCUCCUCCAAAAACUAGGUGCGUCUUAUGGUCUGGUGCGUCUUAUAGAGCGAAAAAUACGUAAUCUUUGAACCGAAACACAGCUAUUUCUCGAAAUACACACUUCUCCAAAUUGCAGGAUGCGUCUCUCCAACCCAAGUACUGUUAUUAUGGGAUGGGAAAGUGUGCCUAAAAAUGCGUGUGUCGGUAAAAACUAAUGUAUAAAAGGCAUUAUGUCUUGCAGAAAUGUGUAUAUCGGGCAAAUUUGCAUAUAAAAAAUGUGCAUUUGAGGCAAUACUUGCACCGAUACGCUGGCAACUUUCCAUGGGGCUCAAAAGAAAUUGAGAACAGGCAAAAUGAAUGAAUGUGUAGAACUGAGAAAAAUGAGAAACAGAGGGAAGUCAAAAUCAUGGACAGCUUUGUCCAUUCAUAUUGACUAGCACUAAGGCAACUUCCUUAGGGGAAAGAGUGCUGCUGCAGCCAUCUCCUGCUUGCAGCUUCUGUCUGGCCACUGUGAGAACAGGAUGCUGGACUAGAAAGGCCCUUGGUCUGAUCCAGCCAGGCCUCUUCUUAGGCAGCUGCCCAAUGGGUCAUUCCACAUCAGAUCAAUGCAAAAAACAAGGGUUUUGUCAUCCACCAUCUCGGAUUUUGAUGAAACUUGGUGUACACCCUUCCCUUAUGGUUGAAAGAAACCGCCUUAAAUUUUUUUCCUCUAUCUCAAAUGGUUUAAAUUUUAUAGCACUUCAAAGUUUCGUGAAAUCUGUGUUUCUGUCCCUCUUUUGAUCCUUGGGCUUGUGUACAUUUUAUUUUUUCCCUCCAUAACCAAUGAUCAGAUCUCUUUGAAAUUUUACACAGAGCUCAAUAACAUGAUGAGGAUUCGAGGAAAAAAAUACACCAGCAUUCAAAAGAUUUUAUAAAUGCCUUAAAAAAUGUAUAAAUGUAGGUUUUUUGGUGGAAAAACUAGGUUUAGAAAACCUAAAUUUUCAGUGUGUGGGCAUGAUGGAAUCAAAAGCUUUCGAUGGUGAAAAUUGUUGCAAAUACAUGCUCUUUCUCAACAAAGAAUAAAAUGUAUGGGUCUUUUGUGUACAUAAGGCCGAGGAUCUCAAGAGGGACAGAAAAGCAGAUUUCACGAAACUUUGAAGUGCUAUAAAAUUAAAACCAUUUGAGAUGGGGGGGGGAAUUAAGGGGGUUUCUUUCAACCAUAAGGGAAGGGUGUACACCAAGUUUCAUCAAAAUCCAAGACGGUGGGUGACAUGACUGUGUUGAACUGACGUGGAAUGACCCCAAUGCUGGUUGUUUGCAACACUGCUGCCAUCUGCCACUGGUUUUCACCCCCCCCCCCGGAGUGGGGCCCCCAGAAGAUGCACAUCUGAAGGCCUCCCCAGACCUGGAGCUGGACCAGCCAUCUUCUUGUUAGGGUAAAACAGGCAGGGUGUCCAGGGGCUGCAUGUUAAGAGUAACUCAGUGCUACUGAUGUACAAGGCUCUCAAAGAGUUGAAUAAAACUGGACAGGUCUCUGCCCCAAGGAGCUUGCAAUAAGCCUUUGGAGGAAAACAAGGAGGGAGGGAAAAUGCUUCCUAUUCGUCAUCCUUAUCAUCAUAAAUUCGAUCUCCUUGAUCUUUAAAUUAGUUUUCUGUAGUGUAAUCCAGACAGACAGGCAUGCAAGUUAAGUCUGCACAAGUUGCUAGUCCUCAGAGAUUGCUACUGGUCCACAUAACCUCCCAGAUCCAUGUUAGUCCGUUUAUAGCCCGUUGAUGGUGUAAGAGGAAAGAAGAAGUUAUGUUCCAAUGUAUGAAGACGUCCUGCCUGGUAGCUAAGGGGUGAUUCUUAUGUGCCACUAGCCAAAAGGCUGUUCACAAACCUGAUGUAAUCUGUAUUUUUUCCCCUAUGUAACCUGCAGCACUUCUCCCCUUGCACUCUCCUCUCCCCAAAGCAGAUGCUCACCAGACACUGUCCAACAAAGGGAGCCUGGCGCAUAAGCGAGAUGCUAUGGAGGACUUGUAUUCCGUAGGGCAGGAUUCCUUGGGUGAGCACCCUUUCACUGACUUCUCUGCCCUCUCCCCGCAUGCUCCAUUAUGCUUGCUCCUUUUGCCUUAUGGGGUAUUCAAGAGCCUGUAUAGAGUCCUUAGGUGGGUUCCCUAAGGAACCCUAAGGAAAAUAACAGAGGCCAACCAGAGAAUAUUGAGAAAGAAAGCAGCUAGUAAGCCUGAUCUUUAUUAAACUGUUGCAACAGGGUCCUCCACUCCCCCCACGCAGGGUGGAAGGAGAGGAACCCAGAACAAUGGUGUGCAAACCCUUGUAUAGACUUUUGAAAUUGCCCACCCUGUAGUUCGAGGACCCCCCCCCCCAAAAAAAAACCCCACCAUACAUACAUUACUGAAGGGGGCGAACUCCAGCAGAAAUCCUGUCUGGCAGGAUACUGAUAAUGGUCAUUGACUGUUUUACCUGGGCAGCCUGGCCAUUCCUUUUGAGAUGCUAAAUACUUAGUUCCUGAAUUCAGGUCACAGGCUCACCCUAUUCAUAUACAAAUACGCCCUUAAGACAGGAUUUGUGAGUAAAGAUGCAAUGGGGAGAAUAUUUGAGGUUAUUGGAAGAGUCAAAAUGGCUUCAGGAUGGUUCUCCUGUACUAUUUCAGGCACAUGGUUUAUAUUAAGGUUACCAGACAUCCCCGUUUCCCGGGGACAGUCCUCAGAUUUACAAAUCAGUCCCCAUACAAAAUCCAUUGAACUUGAAAAGUGUCCCUGGAUUCAUUGAAAAUUAUCUGGUAACCUUAGUUUAUAUACUUAUGUAUGUGUUUGCCUUGUAAAUUUAUGAACAUUUAUUUUUUAUAUAGAAGACCUUAGAAUUCCUAUAACACUUGCCUGUCCCCGUCAACUCCAUUUCAUCUGUCUUUCAGCACAUGCUCUGCGCUCCUUAGAUGAUGGCGCCUUCCAAACCCUGAUGGAUUUUCUAACCUACCUGAACCCCCAAGGUAUGGACAGAUGCUGGGUUCUCUGGGAGAAGAGGGGCAUUUUCUGAAUGGUUCUGAAUCUUCUCUGCUUUGGAACAAGGAAUGUUGGGAGCUCUGUGUGGAGCAGGGCAGGGUAGGGCUGGGAACCUGGAAAAUCAAAUCUCUUCUCUGUUGUCUUUUACAGAUCAAAGAGCUGUUUCUCGCCUGCCCCUCUUGCUGUCGGAGGAAGAGUCCUUGCGGCAGUAGUGGCCUGGCCUCCAGCCUGCGCCCUUUCAGAGUUGCUUGCUGCUGCCAUUACCCCUCAGACCCCUCCCCAUCGCCCACACAUACAGGAUUCUGCUUUCAGAGCUAAGCGCGCCCCCCCUUUUGAGAGAACCCCCCUCCCUUUGACUAAGCUGCCCCAGAGAUAUAGGCUACAAACAUGCCAUACAGUUAAAGCACAUGACUUAUCCCAAAGAAUUCUGGGAACUGUAGUUUACCCACCACACAGUCACCAUUCUCAGCAUCUGCUUCUUGGCAGUGGCGCCCUCCCUGUGGGACACCCUCCCAUCAGAUGUCAAGGAGAUAAAGAACUGCACAACUUUUAGAAGACAGCCGAAGGCAGCCCUGUAUCGGGAAGAUUUUAAUGUUUGACAUUUUAUUAUUUUUUGUAUUUUGCUGGAAGCUGCCCAGAUGGGUGGGGAAUAACAGCAGCAGCAGCAGCAGCAACAACAAGAACAACAACUAUUAUUAUGUUCAACAAACUACAGUUCCCAGGAUUCUUUGGGUGAGGGAAGUCACAUGCUUCCUAUGUGCUUUAAAUAUAUGGUGUGUGCAGAGCUAUGCACUCAAAUUAGCUCAGCCUCCCCCAUCACCAUUACACCUUUACACAUUCCUUUCUAGAGACACACACAAUCCCGUACGCAUCAUUUGUAAUGUGUGAGUUUGUAUAGGAAGAAACAUUGGCGUGUAGAUGAACACAUGUCCACAUGUGCAAGGAGCACUCCUUUGGCACCGGCCCAGUGUCGCACCCUUGCCUUGCUCGUGAACCUUAGUAGGAAUAGCCAUAGCUCAGUGGUAGAAGACACGCUCUCCACGGAGAACACACAAAUUUAACCUUCAUCUCUCAGCCUAAUUUUUCUUGGGUAGCAUACAGUGGACGAGAAAACUAGAGAUGGGAAGAAAGAGAGAGCUCUGCUUGCUGUUGUGGUCAGUUGGAUUCUAUAUAUCUAUAUCUAUAUCUAUAUCUAUAUCUAUAUCUAUAUCUAUAUCUAUAUCUAUAUGGGGCUCCUGCACCUUUGUGUAGAAGCUCCCUCUUCUGAAAUCCCCUCUGCUACACAUAACACUUAAAGGGGCAGGAGCCCUGUCCUCUUUUUCACAUCAGCACCGUACUAUCUUUCACCCCAACCAACUUUCCUAUCCCUGGAAUGGAGCCCCUGAGAAUUUUUAGUCUUUCAAUGUUAUUUUGUUUAAAAUGGACCCCCCCACAGCACUGCAGUAGAUGAAACAACUGUGCACACCUACUUUCUACCCCUAGCUGCUCCCUCAUCCCUGCUGCUACAUUUUCACUCUGAACAAACUUAUUCACCCUGCUUUGAGAAUGGAGAGAUCAGAAUGUGGGGCUGUGGUUAUGAACAGGAGACCUGGGAACAGGGGAGAAGAGGCCCUGUAAAUGAACUGAUUGAAUAAACAUUUCUCUUCUGAA